UGAAGUUUUUGUAUUUUUCUGAGACCCGAGGGGAGGUGAGUGUAAUUUACUCUUAGUAUAACAAACGAAACGAAAUCGGGCUUGAACUUGAUCGAACACCUGCUACAAUGGCGGCUCGCUCGAUCUUCCUCGCUCUCACUCGAAAUUGUAGAGGCCAAAGGACUCUCUCCAGAUCUCUCUCCUCAUCAAACGCAUCGAGAAACGAAGUUGUUGUCGAAGAGUCUCAUACUUCUCAGGAUGAAGAACAUCAAGAUGGAAAUGGCGAAGACGAUGAUCUCAAGAGCAGAAUAUUCAGGCUCAGACUCCCCAAACGCAGCGCCUCCAACGUCCUCCAAAAAUGGGUCUCCGAAGGCCGCAAAAUUACCACCUCUGACCUCCGACGCAUUUCCGGUGAUCUCCGCAAGUCUCGGCGCUACAAGCACGCCCUCGAGAUAUCAGAGUGGAUGGUUAGUCACGGAGAGUUUGAAUUAUCGGACUCCGACUAUGCAGUCCGCAUUGACUUGAUGACCAAAGUGUUUGGUGUUGAUGCUGCCGAGCGAUACUUUGAAGGUUUACCUCCCACUGCAAAAACUAGCGAAACCUACACCGCUCUGCUUCACUCUUAUGCUGGGGCAAAACUUAUUGAAAAUGCUGAGGAUCUUUAUGAGAGAGCAAAAGAAGCUAACCUGUCUUUGAGUGCUGUCACAUACAACGAGAUAAUGACAUUGUACAUGUCAGUUGGGCAGGUCGAGAAGGUUCCUUCUGUUAUUGAAGAACUGAAACGACAAAACGUCGCCCCAGAUUUGUUCACUUACAAUCUGUGGAUAAGUUCAUGUGCCGCCACCUUGGAUAUUGACAAAGUUAGAACGAUUCUUGAUGAAAUGACUCGCAACUCUGGCUCUAAUGAAUGUUGGGUAAGAUAUGCAAACGUAGCAAACAUAUAUAUUACCUCGGGCAACCUCAUGAAUGUAGAGUCCAACUCUCUGGUUGAAAAUGAAAAGGGUAUUACACAGAGAGAAUGGGUAACUUAUGAUUUUCUAAUUAUCCUCUAUACCGGUUUGGGAGAUAAAGAUAAAGUUGAUCAAAUCUGGAAAUCUUUGAGGAUGACGAAACAGAAAAUGACAAGUAGGAAUUAUGCGUGUAUUCUUUCUUCGUAUCUCAUUCUUGGGCAUUCAGGAGAGGCAGGAGAAGUUAUUGACCAAUGGAAACAAUCUGCUUCCACAGAGUUUGACAUCUCUACCUGCAACAGGCUGUUAAAAGUGUUUUCAGAUGCUGGGUUGAUGGAAACAGGCAAAACGUUUCGCAUGCUUCUGACUGAGAAGGGCUGCGAUAUCAUAUAGAUGAGUCAAAGCAAGGGCAGGCCUGUGUUUCAGUUGAUCCAAGAACGAUGAGAAAUAAUUUGGGCUUGCAGCUUGGAAUUGCUGUUCCCUGCUUCUUGUAUCCAUGAUCCUGGAUUCUAUAAUUCAGGACUUAGAUUUUGAUUGUUUUCCGUUUUUGUUUUGUUGUUCGACUUCUUGUCUGUGCUUCUUUUAACAGCUAAUGAGCUGUUAUGUCAUAUCAAAAAGGAUCUAGCUUCUUAGUGAAAUCUAUACUGAUGCAGGAAAAAAUGAGAUUAAUAGAAUGCCUCACUGAUUAGAAUGAGGUAUGUUUUUGCGUUAGUGUUCAUUGAUUUGCAGUAUAUGGAUCCCUUUUCCGUA